AUGAAAAGUUCAAGUUAUUUAUCAACUCGUUGUUUACUCGAACUUACUGAACUAUUUGGUCAAGAAUUUCCUAUAGCUUCAUUUAUAUUGCGAAACUGUACUUACGUCGAUGAUAUCCUCUAUUCGUCAUCAGAUCUUAGUGAAAUAAAAGAAGCUAAGCAACAAUUACAGUCUUUGCUACAAAAAGGAAGUUUUGAAACACAUAAAUGGUCAACUAAUGAUCCAGAAAUAUUGUCUGAUGUUCCAAUUAGUAAACAACAUUUUGACGAGCUAGAGUUGCAAAAGGAUAAUUAUACCAUGAAAGUAUUAGGUUUAAAUCUAGAUGUAAAGAAUGAUUGGUUUAAUAUCACAUGCCCAGAAACUAUUGAUAUAAAAUCGGUAACAAAAAAGUCAAUUUUAAGCUGUAUUGCUAAGUUUUAUGAUCCACUUGGAUUUGUGUGUCCAAUUAUAGUAAAGGCUAAGAUUAUUAUGCAGAAACUGUGGGCUGAAGGUAUUAGUUGGGAUGCUUCUCCCUCCGAUCAUGUUAAAGAAGAAUGGUUGUUUUUUAUUGACGGUCUCAAGGCAAUGGAACCGAUUCAUAUUAAUAGAAAUAUACCAAUUCCAUUAGGUUCUAAGGCUGUUCAAUUGAUCGGUUUUGCCGAUGCCUCAAGUAAAAUAGGCUACGGAUGCUGUGUAUAUCUUAGAACGGUAGACUCUGAUUGUAAUGUGCGCAUGUUUCUUUUAUGUGCGAAGUCCAGAAUUAAUUCGUUUUCGAAACCAAUAACGAUACCACGGUUAGAGUUGAAUGCGGCCUUAUUGCUAUCAAGUCUAGUACGGAGGACAUAUGAAACGUUACAGCUCAAACUUUCAAUUGAUAGUGUUUAUCUCUUUACCGAUUCUAAGAUUGUUUUAGGUUGGUUGAAUACUGAUAUUUUUAAUUUACAAGCAUAUGUGGCUAACCGAGUAAAAGUGAUUACAGAAAAAACUGUACAAUUUCAAUGGAAUUAUGUUAAAACAAAGGAAAAUCCAGCCGAUUUAAUAAGUAGAGGUAUAGAUCCAAAAGAAUUACCAUCUUGCUUUCUAUGGUGGGACGGACCAGACUUUCUAAAAGACAAUAGGUACAAUUUUACAAACAAGGCUUCCUUACCUAUCGACUUACCUGAAUUAAAGAAUUCUGGUGCGGCUGUAGAUUCUUCUAAGACUAAAUGUAAUUAUUUAACUACAAAGGAAUUGCAACAGUCAUCGCAAAACAUUAUUAAACACGAACAAAGUAUCCAUUUUAGCAAGGAAAUAAAAUCGUUGACUGAAAGCAAAGAUGUAGAGGGUCCGAAGUUGCUCCUUUCGAGUCUUAAUCAAAGGUACUGGCUGAUUAAUGGCAUGCAACAAGUUAAGAAAAUAACUUAUAGAUGUCUUGUUUGCUUUAAAUUGAAGGCAGAGGCGGCAAAGCAACUGAUGGGUUCGCUACCAUAUCAACGUGUUACUGCCUGUAGGCCUUUCCAGACCGUUGGCGUAGAUUUUGCCGGUCCACUUCGAGUUAAGAAUUCUAGAGUCAGACGUGCAAUCGAAACUAAAGGUUAUAUAUGUGUAUUUGUUUGUUUCGUAACGAAGGCGGUUCAUCUUGAACUAGCUUCAGAUUUGAGCACCGAAACCUUUCUCGCCUGUUUUAAAAGGUUCAUUUCGAGACGUGGCCUUCCCAGUGAAAUUUUCGCUGAUAAUGGAGGUGCUUUCAAGGGUGCGGCGAACCAAUUUGUUGAACUUUACCGGCUCCAAGCUUCCAAGGGUCAUCAAACGCGAAUACAAGCGUAUGCAGCGCAGCAAGGGGUGAAAUUUCACUUCAUACCCAGUUAUUCACCUACUUUUGCUGGCCUGGCAGAAGCUGCUGUCAAGAGUACCAAAUUUCAUUUAAAAAGGAUUUUACAAAAGCUUUUGUUAACAUAUGAGCAAUUGUACACAAUUUUAGUUCAGAUAGAGGGUGUCUUAAAUUCAAGGCCUAUUUUACCUAUGAGUUCUGAUAUAACGGAUUUUAGUUAUCUAACUCCCGGUCAUUUCUUGACUGGUAAUGCUAUUGUAGCUUAUCCUGAAAAUGAUGUAUCAGAUUUACCUAUUAAUAGACUAAGUUUUUGGAAACAAUGUGAACAUUUAAAACAAUGUUUUUGGAAAAUAUGGCAUAAGUACUAUUUAAAUGCUUUGCAGUUUAGAUCCAAAUGGCAAAAGAGUUAUCCUAAUGUAACAGUAGAAAUGUUGGUGAUACUCAAGGACCCAAACAAUCCUCCUUUGCACUGGCCUAUGGCUAGAAUAAGUAAGGUUUUUCCAGGUAGAGAUGGGAAGUAUAUAAUAGAAGGUAAGAUAGAAGGAAGGAGGGGAAAAGAGAAACCAAGGCAUAGUUACAUCAGGCAGAUCAAGGAAGGUGUUGGUGUUGUAUCGUGUCAAGAGGUGAAGAGACACGCAGAAAACCGUAAUUUGAGGUCAUCGCCCCAUUUACAAGGUGCUCUCGUGACGUCAAAAGUGCCUGAAAAGUACCAACAAAAACCAACGAGUACAUACACUGGAAUAGUUCAUUACACAAACAAUGAGCCUGACUCGCAGAACAACUAA